AUGCUGUCCACUAACUCAUCCUCGAGCAUCCAAAAGCGACGCCAACAACAUCGCCGACAACAAUCGCUCGAGGUACCCAUACUAGCGACCCCACUACCUGCACAUCGACAACGAAAUCCACACCAGCAACACGCACACCGACGAGGCCUCUCACUCGACCAGAGCCUUACCACAAUCGACACCGCCGCUGGAUUUCGCCCAUUACUACCGCAGGAACACCCGGAUCACCACCCAUCUGGAUCGCCAUCAGUACGGAUACAACUGGAUACUAACAUAGGACCACCUUUGGCCCAACAGCAUUUUGUGCAAGAAUCGCAGCAGCAAAGACCACUUACAGCUCAGCCGGGCUACUUACCACAGGACUUUCAGUCCCAUCUACAGCAACAAUUGAACGGCAGUGUCGACGCUCACAUCGACUUCAAGCCAGUCAUCGCAUCACCUCAGCCACAACAUCCGCAGCAGCAAAGAGCAUUAGAAGAGCUCCAACAUCAUCUGGCGUGGUACCGUGACAACUUCUCCAGCUCACCCAACCCAGCAAUGCAGAACACACAAAACAUCGAGAACAGCGUGCAGCUCAACGUCGGCAUGCCAGGAGCACCCGUCGGAGUCGCCAUGCCACUCAUGCAUAGCGCACAGGCAAUGCCCGUCACUCCAAUCUCGCAGUGCAACGCACGCACCGUGCCCAAUACGCCUCAGACACAUGUCCAGUCGUGGCCGAGUCCACCCCCAGGAGGCUUCAAGCACGCCCGCAGCCAGAGCUUCCAGCUCGACGUCGCACCAAUGCCCGACUCUUCGAGGAAUCUCGGAAUGAAUCUACCAUUCACGCAGAUCAGCAACUCUUUCGGUGCCGACUCGGUCAUUUUCAGCAACGACGGCGGGUAUGCAUCUUCAGCAUACUCGUCUUCCGCCGUCGACCCGAUGUCGCCAGGCCGUCAGCAGCAGAUUGGCCCGAUGCCGACACUCUUCGAGGAGCCGCCAAUGCACGAUGGACAAGCAUCCUUCGGCCACUUCCAAGGCCCAUCACUCCUGCUCCAAGCCACUGCCGCCGCUCAAGACUUUACCGAGCAAGACUUCGACUUCGGACCGGGCGCAUUGUCGCCACGCCAACAACUCAUCAACAGUCUUGGCCCAGAUGUCCCAGCUAGCAUUGUUGAGACUGGCGUCGCAGCCUACGAGGUCCAGCAGUACAUCGGCGAGCUCAACGAAGCCGACAACAAGUAUCCCUGUCUCUGGGAGGGCUGCAAUAGACGCUUCGGCCGCAAGGAGAACGUGCGCGCUCACGUUCAGACUCAUCUGGGCGAUCGUCAGUUCCGGUGCAAUCUCUGCGAUAAGACAUUUGUCCGCCAGCACGACCUCAAGCGCCACAUCGCCAUUCACAGCGACGACAGGCCUUUCGUAUGCCCGUGCGGCACGGGCUUCGCUCGUCAUGAUGCUCUUACUCGCCAUCGCCAGCGCGGCAUGUGCACUGGCGCUCUUCCAGGCUUCGAGAAGUCCGAGGAGGAGAAGCCGAAGCGUGGCAGACCGAAGAAGGAACGCCCGAACCUCGAAGACCGCACCGACAAGGCAUCAAAGCAGCGUAAGAAGAACAACGCGAAGGAGGCCGCUGGUCAAGAUGACGAUGCUGAGCUGCAGUUCAACUACGCCAGCUCGAGCUCCGGCGCCAGCGAUCGCAGCUUUCCCGUCACGCCACCCGAUACCUCUGACGACUUCAAUACCGACGCCUUCCUGAACAUGGCCGGUGGUGAUAUUCAAUUCGCGAACGUCACCGCCUCAUGGCGCGACACGCCUCCCACCUCACCACCUAGUGUCCGCCCGGUCAAGACUAUCGACAGUGGCAACCCGACCUUUGACUUCGAUGUCCCCGUCGGCAUCUCGCCAGCUAUGCUUUCGAAUGCCAGCUCACCACCAGUCGUCCCGGGUGCCAUUGAUACUCACACACCACAGAGCAACCACGACAUCUUCGAUAACACAUCUCCGUCCAACUCCAAUGAUGCUAGUGGCUCGUUUAACGGUGGCUCAAGUCCGGCAGACGACAAUGACCUCUUUGGCGGUUUCGAGACCGGCAUCUCCGUCCAACCAGACGCGAUCAACGACGCUUUCUCGCCUCCCGGAGAAUCGUAUGGCGGCUCGAGCGUGUACAACUACUCCGACAACGGUCAUGCUGGCCACAACGUCUUCGACAAGGAAUACAACGAGUUCACCGCCUCUGUCGACAUGGAUGACGGUAUGUUUGCUUCGCUCAUGCCGGCCAUGAGGACGGACAACGAGCGCGUGUUCGCAGAUAUGCUCGAAGAUUGGGUGGCGAAUCACUAG